GACGACCGUUCAAUUGCAGAGGGAACCCUCGGUCGUAAUGGACACUACCUACAAGCCAGCGAUUGACAAGGAGUUCUCGAAAGCCCUGACCACGUUGCGGCGAGAUCCCUAUGGGCGUUUGCCGCAGAAACAAGCAGAGGCCAUCGUGGCGUUCUUGGCAGCUUCACAGCCUUCUGAGGAGCGCUUGGGAUGGAGAUGUACUCCUGAGCUGGACUCCUUCACAAAGUUGCUGCCAUACAUCAUUUGCGCCUUCAACGCAAUUGACAGGGAUUGUGACGAGAUUGUCUCUGACCAGGAAUUUGAUGCCUGGAUGGAGGAUCCGAAGCUCGAGCAGCAGAUAGAGGACAGCAAGUGGGGGUUUAUUGAUUUGAAGAGUGUGGAGGCGAGUCUUCCAGCGCUGUGUGUACGUGGUCUCGCAGGGCCGCAUGGUUUGGCCAUCGCUACUAGGGUGAGGCCAUUGCUGAGUCCUUGAACCCAAAGACGUGAUCGUUAGUGUCAUGGAGCACAUCAAGCACAUUCACUUCCAGGCUGGUGUCCGCUCCAUGGCACUUCACGACUAUGUGGUUGCUGCAAUGAAGGUAUUUAUGGAGCUUCACAUGAGGAUAGGCAGCGAGUCUUUGGACCCAGAGCUUGGACGUUAACCGUUAAUGGUUUCACUGCAGCGAAGCUGCUACGUUGGACGCUACAGGCAGACACCAUAGACCUGAAUUACCAAAAGACAUUCGAUGACUGUAUAAUAAUGGACUGACUUUAUAC